ACCAGCUGUAGCUGCUGAUUGUCUCUACAGCAGAGUCAGUCUUCAUCUGUUAGAUUUUACACCCAGUUUAAUAGCUAACAAGCGCCCACUGCUUCUGAAUAUUGAUCGCCCACUCUGAUAAAUUACUGCCUACAUUGAUGCCGCGGUGCUUCGAGGAAAAAACAAUCAUGUGUUAAGAUCCGUGCGUCACUGGGACCCCGGCGGCGGCGGUGGCCGCGGUGCGUACUGCUUCUCCGUCGUGCCUCAGCCCGGAGCGAGAGGGUCAGCAAGUGCACACACCGAUCACCGAUCAGCGCGUUAAUUGAUUCCACCAAACAACCAAUCCGUAGCGACCGGAGCGCCUCAACCCGGAUGACCUCCGGAGUGACGCGUCUCUCCGGUGAGAGUGCGGAGGGAGCAGCGCCGGAGGAGAUGCGCAUAUCUGCAGGUACUCUAGCGCUGUCGUAAAACAAGAGACGGGCGCGAGUCGGCGAUCAUUAAAGCGAUGCCAGGGGUAACCAAGUACAAUUUAGUGGAUGACGCGCACGAUUUGAGGAUCCCCAUGCACAACGAGGAGGUGUUCAAACAUGGGGUCUGCUUCGAGGCAAAGUACAUUGGCAGUUUGGAGGUGGGUCGCCCCGGCAGUCGGAUGGAGAUAGUCGCUGCAAUGAGGAGAAUCAGAUAUGAAUUCAAACUGAAGAAUAUAAAGAAAAAGAAGGUCAACAUUGUCGUAUCCACCGAUUCUAUCAAAGUGAUUUUGCGCAAAAAGAAGAAGAGAAAAGGGUGGUCAUGGGAUGAGAAUACCAUCUUGGUGACACAGGAUCCCAUCUACAGGAUCUUCUAUGUCUCACAUGAUGCCCAAGACUUGAAGAUCUUCAGUUACAUAGCGAGAGAUGGACAGAGCAACAUUUUCCGCUGCAAUGUGUUCAAGUCAAAGAGGAAAUCUCAGGCCAUGAGGAUCGUGCGAACGGUGGGUCAGGCGUUCGAUGUGUGUCACCAGCUGACCCUGCAGCAGAAAAGCGAUGACCAGGAGGAUGAGGAGGGGAAGGUGGAGGAGUCGGCGGCAGUGCCAGCAAAGAGGUUUGCAUUGUCAGAGGAGACCGACCUUGAAGCCACUACAGAGGAGAGCAUUGAGUGUGUCUCUUCAUCAGACCUGGAGAAGAGCAAAAAGGAUGAGGCCCUCGGUAACGAGGGCAAGGCGUCUGAUGACCCGUCUCUCCUACUGAGCUCCCCCAUCCUUGGAGCCUCUGUGUCGCUUCAGUCUGCAGCAAAGGCUCCCUGCUCUGAAGAGCACCAGGUCCAGCUUCUCCAGAAACAUCUACAGCAGCAGGAACAACAGGCACUAGCAGCUUCAGCACAGGUCCAUGUGCUCCAGGAGCAGCUGUCAGUGGAGGUGUGUGCGCGGACUGAAGCCCAGGCCAGAGUACAAAGGCUGCUGCAGCAGAACACCGACCUGCUGCAACACAUUUCCCUGCUGGUCAAACAGAUCCAGGAACUGGAGCUCAAAUCUGCUGGCCAGUUAACAUCUAUGGGCUCCCAGGACAGUCUUCUGGAGAUCACUUUCCGUGCCAAGCCCCCCAGCCUGCCCCGUGAACCCCUCACCUCUUCUUCAUCUACGGGCGCUUUAGCAGCUCAGUCCCUGCUCCAGAUUAGUGACGGUGCCUGGGUCUCCACCCUCCCCGGACCCUGCUCUCCAGGCACCAUGGGCACCAACACCAGCCCUCUGGGGCUCGGCGGCAGUGGAGUUCGACUCGAGUGCUUUCGCUUCUCAUCCCGGGGGCCGGAUAGCCAGGAGCAGGGCCAGGACAGCGGGGAGACUCCCAGCGACGGAGCCCCGGAUGAAAGCUCGCUACUGGGGGAGCAGGUCCUGGGAGCCCUGGAGCUUCUCCGGUUUAGGGAGUCUGGGAUCGGAUCGGAGUACGAAUCAAACACAGAUGAGAGCGAUGACCGGGACAGCUGGGGGCAGGGGGAGGGAGCGGGGGCUGACGGUGCUGCUCGACUCUUAAACGUGCUGAAUGCAGAGAGUCUGCCGGACUGCUUAGGGGAUGAGAUGGCUGUGUAGUGGUGCUAUUGAUGCUGCACAAGGAAACAUUGCACUUAUGCGCCACCCCAGUGGGUGACAGAGCAGUACAAUUCAGAAUAUGAAGGACUUUAUUACACAGAAAUCAUGUAUUGUGACUUCAGUAAAAUGAAAUUAUUUGUGUCUGGUCCUGGAGUGCUCACUCACCAUUGUUCUGGGUAAAGUUUUGAAUUUUACCUUUAUGUUUUGAUUUGCUACUUCCUGUGCACUGAGGAAAGGACCCACUUGCUGUUGUGAGUGGUGGAACUCAUAAAAUCAAAUAAGACAGGGAUGCAGAAAGUUGAAUUGAUACAUUUUACAUUGAAAAACUAUCUUGAUUUGGUCAAAAAUGUGAUUAAUCAGUAUUAUUCAUCACAUGUGACUAUGACUGGCAUGGUCACUGGCAGUGCAUGUUAAUAAAUACACACACCAAAUAAUACCAAUAUUAAGUUAUAAUAAUAGAGUCAUUAACCAUAGAGAUGUUUUACAAAUCAAGCUUGUUUUUAUCAAAGUAAAUUUAAACAAGACUAAGAGUCUACCGCCAUGCUAUGUAGUAAGGCUCUGUGAGGUUGAGCUAAAUGCUAACAUCAGCAUGCUAACCUGCAUGUUCACCAUCUUACAGUGGUUUAGCGUGUUAACAUGCUAUGAUUUGCUAAGUAGCUAAACUGAAGUAUCAGAGAAAUAGAAUUUUUUACCUGAGAGGAAAUCAUCAAACAUCAGUCCAACUGCACUUUGAUAAACUGUUUUGCAAUUAAAGGUUUUCCCCGCCGCACACACUGGACAUUAAUUACUGUAAUUCUGAAAACUAAAACAUACCUUUUGUAUGUCUUUGUUUCUCUGCUCCAUUGCAGCUCAAAAGCCAAAAGAAAACUACUCUGACCAUGUCUUAUACUCCUAGAUAUGUCUUUGACACAGUGCAGCUUUAUUCAAACCUAGGACUGUCAGAUAGUAUUAACACUGUGGUGUUUCAGGCUCUGUCUGUGUGUUACAUACUGUGUGUACGUGUCAGUUUGAUGAUUGUUGUACCUUACAUUUGGUUCCCUGAGUUGGUGCCAUCGCCACUCACUGGACUCGUUACACUGUGGUCGUGUCUGUGUUUAUGGAUUUGUGACACAUCCGGCAUGGACAUGGUCAUUUUUGCUGUUUUCUAAUGAAGAUAUAUGAAGAAAAAGACCCCUUUGCCAAGUCCGUCUUGAUAUGCUAGCACACUGUUUGGAGUGUGAAAGUUAAAACCUUUCUGUGCUUGUUAUGACACUUAAUCUGUAAUUACACAUGGGUUUAAAAAUGAGCAUGUAUCUCUCAUAGUAUGAUUUUCUCCUCUUUUCAAUACAUUGUAUAUAGUUUGACUAACUUAUAUGCAUUGCAUAAAAUACAUAGCAUGACUUUAUUCAUACUAGUCUUCAUCCUGUUUUAUAUUAUUGAAGAACAUUUUCUGAUGAGGUGA